AUGGCACCCUCAUCAAUUCCGAACGACAUCUACCAGUACUCGCUGCGCUCGGCCUACAACGCCGGUCUGAAGGAAGGAGGCCCGCCGGUAGCCUUCCUCACAAACCACGGCACUCACGGUGUUGGCAUCUUCGAAGCGGAAGAGGACGAUGACGGCAACGAGCAAUCACCCAAUGAUAUGAUCCAGGUCGAUAGCGUCGCGUAUGUCAUUGACAGUAACGGGACUGCCACAAAAGCGGACAAGAAUGACCAGAUGCCUUUUACUAUGGUCACCGUCUUCCAGCCUGUUCAACGUGUCAAGCCGCCGUCAGGUACGACGUUAAAGCGUGUGAAGGAGCUGUUUGAAGGUCGUUCGAAGAACACACCGCUGUCAUUCAGGGUGCAAGGGUCCUUCAAGUAUAUCAACACGCAGCAGCAGACAUAUUGGGAUGUCAAGGGGACCAUCUUUGGCUUCGGCAUUCCGGCCUGGCAGAAAGAAGUCAGCGGUGAUGGCUUGGUGAGCUGCUUCUUGAGCGAUGACAAGAAGAAGGGUGGCAGAGUCGUUGACUUCGAGACGGGUGACGGUGCGAUGGUCGACUUUAGCAAGUGCGGCCGCUUCCAUCUCGGCUUUCCGCAGGACGAAGAGUAUGAGCAGUUACGCCUGUAA